GUACCUGUGCUUCUUGCGAACUGUCGAAGUAUUAUUAACAAAGUUGACGAGUUUUCAUCCCUUGUGGCGACUACUCAUGCGAAAAUUAUCAUGGGCACAGAAUCUUGGCUGGACAGUACGAUACCUGAUACUGAGAUCUUCCCACGUGGAUUCACUAUUUAUAGAAAAGAUAGAAAUCGCCACGGCGGGGGCGUAUUCAUUCUUGUUGCGAACGAGUGGACUAGCGAGGAAAUUUCUUUUAAUUAAUUCAGUGAAGCAGUGUGGUGCCGCGUUUACUUACCGAAGGGAAAUACUGUCGUUUUUGGUUGUUUCUAUCGUCCGCCGGACAGUGGUGAUACUCCUAUGACACUGCUUUCUGAAAUGGUACAGUCAAUUCCAGACAGUGUAUUUUUGAGUGGGGAUUUUAACCUACCAGAUUUUGAUUGGACAACCUGUAGUACACAUAAUAGGUCAUCAGUCUAUACUUCGUUUGGUGAAUUCUUGGGUGUUUUUGGUUUUUUUUUUCAAUAUGUGAAUGUUCCCACUAGACAUGAUGCCAUUCUGGACUUGAUCUUAUGUAACGACCCAAUGCUGUUUCCACUGUGUCGGUGA